AAAAUGGUCCUUUAAUGUGUGGUUCUGCAGUGGUUUAGUAAAUAUUGUGCUCACUCCAGCGUGUUUUCAAACCUCUGUUAUGACUAAGAUGCUGAGGCUGACUGAGUCACUGUGCGGUCGCACUUUGUGCAACAGUGCCACUGUUUGCACAGCAAGCAAUUCUCACGACUCCUCCCCCUGUGCAGCCCGUUUAAUUCCCGUGAGGUGAUGCCCAGCUAGUAACCUAAUAAAGCUGCUGGAUGCAAUCCCGGGGCACAAUGUGUGGAUCAUGUUCGUCUGACAGACCUGCUCUCUGCUUCACUCCUGCUCUCACACAACCUGCUGCUUUGCUGAGGUUCCUGUCCUGGUGUAACUGUCAGAGCAUAAUGGUGGCAUUUAAAGGGAUCUGGACCAAGGACUUCUGGAGGGCCGUGUCUGGAGAAUACCUGGCCACUCUCAUCUUUGUCCUUCUCGGUCUGGGCUCCACUAUCAACUGGGCUGCGGGGGAGGAGAAGCCUCCCCCGGCUGACCUCGUUCUUAUCUCCCUUUGCUUUGGCCUGAGCAUUGCCACCAUGGUGCAGUGUUUUGGCCACAUCAGCGGUGGACACAUUAACCCGGCGGUCACCGCAGCUAUGGUUGUGACAAGAAAGCUGAGCUUGGCAAAGGGAUUGUUCUAUGUGGUGGCUCAGUGCCUGGGAGGAAUUACAGGAGCGGGGAUCCUCUACCUUGUCACACCUACUGCUGUCAGGGGGUCCUUCGGUGUGACCACGGUGAACUCCAACCUCUCAUUAGGACACGGCCUCCUUGUGGAGCUCCUUAUCACAUUUGAACUGGUCUUCACUGUCUUCGCCACCUGCGAUCCCAAACGCACGGACCUAGGAGGCUCUGCCAGCCUUGCUAUUGGCUUUGCUGUAGCAAUUGGGCAUCUAUUUGCAAUCCCAUAUACAGGAGCCAGCAUGAACCCUGCUCGAUCCUUUGCGCCUGCUCUGGUCACACUCAACUUCGAGAACCACUGGGUGUACUGGGUGGGACCCAUGCUGGGCGCCAUCCUGGCGGCUGGUCUGUACGAGUACCUGUACUGCCCUGACCCUGAGAUGAAGAAGCGACUGGGGCAGGUCUUUCAAAAGGACCCAUCAGGCAAAUACAGGGAAGUGGAGACAGACGACAUUGCCAUCAAGCCGGGAUCCAUUCACACCAUCGAUGUGGAGAAAGCUGAGAAAAAGGAUGCUUUCCAGGACUCCACGGGGGAAGUGUUGUCUUCAGUAUGACUAUCACGUGCACUGGAAAUAGAGACCAAUCUGUAGAGCAGAAUGACAAUCAAAACUUCGGAGUAUUCAUCUCAAACUUGUCCCCCCCCAACCUCCAAAGCAGAAUAUGAUUUCUGUCCACGAGGCUUCCCAGCGAGGCUGAAUUACUCUCAUUGUCAUAAAGCUAAUAUGAUGUUAUGGCUCAAUCCCACAAACAUCUACAACCUGUUCAAUACUCCUCCCGAGGCCCUCCCUCAACGAUUUUUGUAGCAGUGUUGGCAUGCGACACACACUGCAGAAUGACAGCCCGCAAUACAUCGUGUUAGGGAAAUAUGUGUGGGGGUCAACCAAUUAUGUGGGGUCAUCACGCUGAAUUGGAGAAGUGAAGAAGAAAAUGCAGGCUUGUUAUUUUUGGAUUAGUGUCACAUUUGGUCCGUGUACUGUAUAUGUAAUAACAGGGGGAGAUUUUCCCUGUAAUCAUUAAGCACAUUACAGGUCCCAAGCAAUGUAAGGCAGCUCUGACCAGCUUUAUUAUCAGAGAUGUAUUACAGCGCGCUCUAUUUUCAGUGCAUUCGUCAGG